UCGGAGCGCUCAUGGUAACACAGUGCGUACGGUCGUACAGCUGCAGGCGCCCCUGCGAGAAAACAAUGUUAAUUCAGCAAAGGGUUGUAUAGUAACACCUUCACCGCAUCAUGUCAAGUUGUAGAAAGGGGUGGUACCUUUGUGUUACACAGCAAACAAGAGUGAUCGGGCGAACCGGAGGAUGGAGGAGCAGACAAACCGUAGCGGGUGGUCAACAGCUGCACACUGAAGAUAUGAGGUUUUAGCAUCAGUGCAUUCAGUCGGUGAGGGUGAACUUGUCGUUUUGGCCACUUUUGGUGACCAAAUAGAAAGAUGGCGCCGUCGGGUUCGCGCAGCGUUGACUGCUGGAGAGUUCUGUACUGGAUCCCCGUGCUGUUCAUCUGCGUGAUCGUGGCAUGGUCCUACUACGCGUAUGUAGUGCAGCUCUGCAUAGAAACUAUUGAAAACAUGGGAGAGAAAAUUGUUUACCUCCUGGCAUAUCAUGUGCUUUUCAUCAUGUUUGUGUGGUCAUACUGGCAAACCAUCUUCACAAAACCCAUGAACCCGCUCAAAGAGUUCCACCUGUCACACUCUGACAAAGAGCUUCUAGAGCGUGAAGAUCGUAGAGAAUCUCAACAGGAUAUCUUGAGAAGAAUAGCUAAGGAUUUGCCCAUUUAUACACGCACAAUGUCUGGAGCUGUCCGCUACUGUGAGCUCUGUCUGUUGCUGAAGCCUGAUCGAUGUCAUCAUUGCUCUGCCUGUGAAAAGUGCAUUUUAAAGAUGGAUCACCACUGUCCCUGGGUGAACAACUGCGUGGGCUUCUCCAAUUACAAGUUUUUUAUGCUCUUUCUAGCAUAUUCUCUGUUGUAUUGCCUCUUCGUCAGUGCCACAGACUUGCAGUAUUUCAUUCAGUUCUGGACUGUUGAUGGUAAAACGCAUGAACGUCUAAUCAAAUAUUUGAAUGGUCUGCCUGAUACUCAAGCCAAGUUCCACAUUAUGUUCCUGUUUUUCGCCGCCUCCACAUUUUCAGUGAGCCUGGCGUUUUUGUUUGCUUAUCACUGCUGGCUUGUCUGCAAGAACAGAUCCACAUUAGAGGCUUUCAGAGCACCUGCAUUCCAGCAUGGACCAGACAAGAACGGCUUCAGUUUAGGAAUGAACAAGAACUUUCGCCAAGUGUUUGGAGAUGAAAAGAAAUACUGGCUUCUGCCUAUAUUUUCAAGUCUGGGCGAUGGCUGUUCGUUCCCCACGUGUUUAGCGAACCCAGACCCUGAACAGCCCUCCUCACCUACUGGACACAACCCUUCAAUCAAAAGUGCUGGAGAAUCACAUCAGUUUCCUCCAAAACCUUUAAGAGAGUCUCAGAGCCGACUGAUCAAUAACACGCAGUCAGAGGGGAUCGAGGACAGAGAUAAGCAAGGUACAAGCAACCCAGCCUUGACUGUUGAGAAGGAAACUUAGGAACAUGGACAUAGGCUGGUUUAAUUGGACAGGAGUUUUGUGGUAGUGAUAUCUGUUGUCAGUUUUACAGUAAGGAAAUCAUCUGUUCCUGUAAGUCUACACUGCUAAUGCACAGACCACUGCCCAUUCUCUCUCUACCUAAUGCAAUGUUGUGAUCUUUAACAAGAGCUAUAAAUUGAGGAUUAUGGUGUGUGUAUAUGCAUGAAGGACCACAUAGUAUCUUGUCUUCCUUGGAAACAGUAUGGCUAAAAAAAUAAAUAAUGUGCUUAAAGAUACCUACAGAAGUGACUGAACAUUUGGUAACAUUACAGUGGGACCCUACAUGGAUUACAUGUUAAAAAUGUUGAAGUUCAUAUGGUAAAUGCCUUGAAUAUUGCUUGCAAGAUGUAGGCAGUGCUGAAGGUAAACGUGAAGUAUUUAUGCAUGCUCUAUGGUGGUUCAUAGUUUUUUGUGUGUGUGAAAUGUGAAAAGCCUGCACUAAAAUGCAAUUUUACAAGUUUUGUUUGUUGCAUUGUUGAAAUGCAGCAGCAUCUCUUAUAAACAUAUUUUUUUCAUUCAUUAUAUAUAAAUAUAUCAUAAAUUUGUACAUCAUUAUCAAUAAUCUGUUUUAUUUGACCAAAGUUUCACUCCAAAAGUGGAUCUUCACAUAUCACCCAUUAAGUCUGGAUACCAGCUGUCCUGAAUUUUGCUAAGAUGGUUAUACAAUAACAAAAUGAUUGAUGCAGCAAAUCCUAUAGGCCGUUUUCAAUGCAAAUAUGCCAAAUUUACAUUUUGCUAGAAUACAAUUAUUAAAGGAGGUGAAUUUUACACUAGACUCAUUUCCAAGGAUAUUCAGACGGACAAAAAAGCACAGGGAAGACAAAAUGUUCUAUAUGCACUUUGAACAGCGCUUGAAGCUGCACAUUAUUUUACAUUUCCAAUCAUCUUUGUCUUAAUGUUACCUACUAUUGAAUCAAUUGAAACGUGUUAAUGUAUAUAUGCACUACAGCUGUAAGGAGAAAGUUUCAUUAUUAAAUGUCAGUAUAUCAAGAUUAUUUUUAACAUACAUUUGCAUAACCAUGUUUGCACAAUUAAUGCAAAACUCAAAGAUGUGGUUUUUAAUGAUAAAGAUCACAUCUGAUUUAUAUAAGGGCUCUACUAAUGUACCUGCUACCAUGAUAUUUCUUAUCUAAUUUUGAUUCCAGUUAUUGCAUGUAUAUGUACUUGAAUGUACUUGUACUUGAUUUUGAUUGAGGUGUGAACCAUACCUCAGAUAUGCCAAGACUUGUAGUAUGUUGUUUGUCUGUUUUGUAGUUUUUAUGGAAAUGUGUCGUAAAGGAUUUCUGCUGCUUAUUUUGUCAUUAGGUUCACAAACCACACAAAGAAAUAAACUGUGAUACCAGAUGUAAUGCUGGUCUCUGCUUUUAUGCAUCUGGACCAGCUGAUUGUAUUUUGUAGUUGCUGCUUUUGUUCUCUUUGAGAGUACAUUAAUUUCUGCUGGCUUGGUAUUGCUUAAUCUGUUUUUAUGUUUAAUGUCAUAUCUGUAUGAUUAGGCUACUGAAUGAAAUGCUUGGAUGAACUUAAUCUGUCAGAGGAAUAAACUAUUUUAUUAAAUGCUA